AUGUCACCCUCGAAUUCGACCGCCCGACUAACCGCAAUCUCGAAACAUCUUGAAUCGAAGGAAUCUAAGAUGUCGCAAGUUCAGUCCCCGCAACAAUUACCAUGGGAUCCCAAUUCCCUCAGGUUCCCUUCUCACGACGAACUUCCGAUAUUGUCUGAUGCUCCUCAGGGUGCGGCUUGGGUCUGGGGCAAGGAAGAUCAGCUUGGAAGACUGAAUCUAUUAACACCAGAACGCGUCAAGGUGGCUGCAGCGGAGAUCAAGACUGGGGAUAUGGUUCGACUGGACCUUCCUCUUAAUGUACCGAUGACGCCUGCAUUCGGUCGUGAAGUAUUCCAGCACAAAAUCAAAACAAACAUUCCGGAUAUGGGAUACGACGAUACGUAUACCAUGAAUACACAAAGCGGUACUCAGUGGGAUGGCUUCAGACAUUUUUGUCAUGUUCCCACCAAAACCUUCUAUAAUGGGGCGAAAAGCUCCGAUUUCGUGGGCGAAAAUCCCAACCUUCGCUGUAGCAUUCAUUACUGGGCAGACCACGGUAUUGCUGGUCGAGGCGUGCUCUUGGACUAUUAUCAUUACGCGCAUACCCACAAUAAGCCAUACCACCCAUACAAAGCACACGCGAUUUCUCUUGCCGAGCUCCAAGCCUGCGCCACCACUCAAGGUCUUGAUAUUCGACCCGAAUCGCAAGGUGGCGAUAUUCGACCAGGAGAUGUGCUAUUUGUACGCUCCGGCUUCGUACAGGAGUAUUAUAAACUCAACCCAGAUGAACGUCAUGCCGCAGCUACUCGCAAAAGUCCGGAAUUCGCAGGGCUUUCUCGUGAAAAGCCCGUCCAGGACUGGCUACAUGACUGCUAUUUUGCCGCGGGGGUUGGUGAUUCGCCAACUUUUGAGGUCUGGCCCCCACCAGGAUUUGGACCGGAUCAUAUAAGCUUACAUCAGAGUAUGCUGUCGCUUUGGGGUUGCCCAAUUGGUGAAAUGUGGGAUUUGGAGAAGUUGGCGGUUAAAUGCAGGGCGCUUGGUAAAUGGACCUUUUUUAUGACAAGUGCCCCUGCAAAUAUGCCUGGUGGUGUUGGGUCGCAUGCAAAUGCGACUGCUAUUCUGUAG